AUGAAUGAUAGUCAAUCAGAUGUUAUUCAAGACACAAAGUCGGUUAUAGAUGAAUUUAAUGUUUCCAUAUUCUCAUAUGGUCAAACUGGUUAUGGAAAGACUUUCACCCUACAUGGGAAUGACAACAUUCAUGGACUCACAACUCGAGCUCGAAAAGAGUUUUUCAUAAUAGUUAGUCGAGAUAACAUAACGUUUUCAUUCUCUCUAAAGUAUGUUGUGAUUAAAGAUGAUGACACCAAAUGA